AGCUUUCUACCUCCAAGUAUUUCCAGCUUUAGGACGCUAAAGACUCAUGGCAUUUGCAGAUUCCUGUGUGAGAGCAUAUAGAAACUUUGCUCUCCCAUUCCUGACAUUAUGUUUGAUUGUUCUCGUGGAUAACGCAGCCGCGGAAUGGUUGAAUCAUGGAGGUGCCUUAACAAAUACAAGGAAUGCCGUCGUACAAGAAGUGCUGAUCAAUCCAAUCAGUGUUAGGAAAUUGAGGCUGAAAUGGAGAUUUAUAGCCGGCUUUGAUAUAUCAGCCACCCCUGCCGUGGCCAGUGGAGUUGUGUACUUCCCAUCAUGGAAUGGAUUUCUGUAUGCCGUGCGCGCGGACAAUGGAGCUCUCAUUUGGAAACAAAACCUUGGAACCUUAACUGGGCUGCCUCCAGUUGGGGCAAUAGUGAACGUUACGGUAUCAAGAUCCACCCCAACUGUGGCUGGUGAUCUUCUCAUCUGUGGAGUUUAUGGACCUGCGGUGGUGGUUGCCGUCAGGCGAUUAACCGGAGAGCUGGUAUGGUUGACUCGCCUUGAUCCCCGGCCUCUAGCUCAAAUUACUGCAUCAGGAACAUUUUACUCGGGGGCAUAUUACGUGGGAGUAUCCUCACUAGAAGAGCUUCUACCAGCCCAACAAUGCUGCACAUUCCGCGGAAGCAUGGUUAAGCUGGAUGCCCGUACCGGCACAAUUUUGUGGCAAACCUAUACAAUUCCAGACAAUUGUGGCAAAUUGGGAGGCUAUUCUGGAGCGGCUAUUUGGGGAAGUAGCCCCGCGAUUGACAUUCUUAGAGGGCUGGUUUAUGUAGGAACAGGCAAUCUGUACAUUGCUCCAGCAGAGGUUUUGGCAUGCCAAAGGGCCCUAAAUAAUCAGACCACUCCACCAAUUAAUGUUAGCCAGUGCAUUGGACCGGAUGUUCAUUUUGAUUCCAUCGUCGCUUUUGAUAUCAACUCGGGGCAAAUCAAAUGGUCGAGGAGAUUGAGUGGCUACGAUGUUUUCAAUUUUGAAUGCUUAGUUCCUAACAACCCCAAUUGUCCACCUGGACCUAACUUAGAUGCGGAUUUUGGAGAGGCUCCGAUGCUUCUUACUAUAAAUAAUAAUGGAAGGAAGCGUGACAUUGCAGUGGCAGUGCAGAAGAGUGGCUUUGCAUGGGCGCUUGAUCGCGAUAAUGGUGACAUAGUUUGGUCUAUACGGGCAGGACCAGGAAGUAACCAAGGAGGAGGAAUAUGGGGUGCCGCAACAGAUGGAAAAAGGGUGUACACAAACAUUGCAAAUGGUGAUCGACUACCUUUCACCCUGGCACCAUCUACUCGAACCACAACAGCCGGUGGAUGGGUGGCUCUGGAUGCAAACACGGGCCAAAUCCUUUGGUCCACCGCGAACCCCAGUAAUGAGAUUUCUCCAGGGCCUGUGACGAUUGUCAACGGAGUCCUUUUUGCAGGUUCUACUGCUCCUAAUGGUCCAUUUUAUGCUAUGGAUGCCAAUACUGGGGAUAUAGUGUGGACAUAUAACACUGGUGCUACAAUUUAUGGAGGGGCUUCGGCUAGCUAUGGCUGCGUCUUCAUAGGAAAUGGAUACUCAGUUGGGUUGGCUAAAUUCCACCCAACCUGGACCAGCGGAAAUUCAGUUUUUGCAUUCUGUGCUUCCGCCUGAGGAAGCGAAGUGCAGAUUAAUUUAAGAGAAUCCGAAAAGUUGGGAUUUUCAUUUAAGGCCUUCCACGAAUAAGUGAUCUCUACAAGAACUCAACUUGGUAGGAAUCACAUUUUGGAAGCAAAUAGGUUUCAACAUGCCAAUCAUUUUGAAUUUCAGAUGUCAUAUGCUCUCAUCAACCUGAAAUAAAAGCAAGAAUACGAAAAUUUGUUCGA